AUGCGCCGCGGCCUCCGCCUUCUGAUCCUACUGUUGGCAGAAUCUCCCGUCCCCACGACUGGGCUGACACUCACGUCGAACGAUCUCCUUCCUUUCCAAAUCAAGACCCCCCCGAGCUCAAUGAACUACACCGGAAGAGUGACAUCCAGCGAAGCAGAAGGAGUGUUCAUUAUCCAGAUCCCUGCCGACACCAAAUCCUUUCCAGCCGUUUUCCGGCUAGUCAUGGCGGGACUAGUCAACCCGCCUACAGAAGUGACUCUUCAGACCAGCUCUGCUAACGAAAGUAUUGCGAACAGUUACAGCCAGUGGCGAGUGGUUUCUCCUGGUGUGUGGGAUCUUAUUUCACCAAUCAGCUGGGCCCUCAGGGGGUCUUACGUGGUUGCGGGAGGGAAGGUUUUUGUGAAGUAUGUUGGGCGGACGGGAGCAACGGCCGCUGCGGUCGGCACUCUUGCAGCAGAUGCUGCUUCAAAUAUAGGUCCUACUCAGCUCAUCUCCGCCAUGAUCAUGCCUUUCCGGCCUGUCCGUUUCGAAGCCAUGUUCUCUGGGGCUGUGACUGGGGGAGCGAUUUUCCAGAUUGCUUAUUAUAGCACCGCUAGCAGCACCACCAAGAUAGUAAGGCUGCUCUUUCACCUCGUCUUCACCAAGUUUGGCCCGGCCGACACACCUGGCGCGGGAUCCGUGGGUGCAGUGGGAGAGACGCACUUCUACUCAUGA